AGAUACUACCAGUCGUCAUUUCGAGCACUCCCAAGUCCCUGACACAAUCUUCUGCUCGCACGCCCGCACUAUGAACAACAGCGCCACAAUUGACCUGGUCUCAUGUUUUCUCAGCACGAUCUUUUCUUUCCUGUUCCUGUCGCGCAUAUGGUGGCUUCGAAGGGUGGAUAACAAGACUAUCCGAGGAUAUUACGGCCCCUCAUCGCUGACGACAGUUGGCCUGCUUCUUGUGAUAAGAACUUUUCCUUUGGCAACAAAUAUCCCGCCGAAGGAGGGCCACCAAUUUGCAGCGUCAAUUGCUUCCUUCACCGCCACUACGCUUCUCGGUCCCCUCUUAUACAUGGAUCAUAUGCGAUCUGUCAGGCCAGCCGAUCUCGCCGUCAUCUUUCUACUCGUAACUUUAGUAUGUGAUGCAGCUAAUGCAUUACAAGAAGGUCUCGAUACAUGGAUCUUGCCCGCAACGCAGCUUGCUCUGAAGCUUCUUCUAGUCGCCACAGAAAGCCGAAGUAAACAGGGCCUUCUCAAAAGCCCCUACGACUCCCAGGCUCCAGAGCAGCUCGCCGGAAUUCUAAGCCGAACUUUCUUCUGGUGGAUAAACCCCAUUCUCGCCCUGGGAAACCGGAUAAUGCUGUCUGGAGAUGAUCUUCCUCUAGUAGAUGACCAACUUUCAUCGAAGCAGCUCCGGCAUCGUGGUUUGAAGGCGUGGGACAAAAGAGCCAGACCGGUGACUAAGAUCACCCUACCCAUCUGCCUCGCCAAGAGCAUGCUAUCUCAUUUUUUUGCACCAGUCAUCCCUCGACUGUGCCUUAUCUUCUUUCGUUACGCGCAGCCAGCUCUCAUUAGCUCUGCGGUUCACAUGCUGGGGAGCCGAUCUGACGGAAGUAGGUAUAUGCUAAUCAUUAAAGCCGCUGCUGUCUACUUCGGUUUAGCGGUGUUUGAAGCAGUUUACCACCAUCGGUUGAACCGACUCAGCCUCAUGAUGAAAGGGACACUUGUAGGGCUUAUCAAUAACGCAGCUCUGCGUCAGUCGUCAAGCAGCUACAACGAUGGCAUAGCCCUCACUUUAAUCAGUACAGACACAGAGAGCGUGAUGAGGUUCGCGAGUAUGUUCCAUGAAACUUGGGCACAUAUCGUUGAGGUCAUAAUCGGGAUGGCAAUGUUGGCUCGGCAAAUCCGCUGGGCCGCCCCAGUACCUCUAGUGAUUAUCUUCUUGUGCUCUAGAAUGAGUCGGUACCUGGCCAGAAAUUUGCAAAGCAAGCAGAAAGCCUGGAAUGAAGCAACUCAGAGCCGAAUCUCCCUGACGGCAUCUGCGCUCUCAUCAAUGAAAGUGAUGAAGAUGCUUGGACUUUCUAGAGAGACCGAGGUUUUGCUUCAGAAACUCCGAGCCCAAGAAUUGGAGAUGGCGAAGAAAGUGCGGUGGAUGAUGGUCGCGUAUAACGCCAGUGCGAAUGCACUCGGAAUCUUCUCUCCUAUAGUGACGUUUGUCAUAUUUGUGAUGUAUGCUAACCUGCGUGGGUCGACUCUCGAUGCCGAGACUGCAUUCACGACCACAGCGCUUCUUGGACUUGUGACACAUCCAGCAAACAUGAUCAUGACUAUUGUGCCUCGUGCCAUUGGCUCUUUGGCCGCCUUUGGAAGAAUCAAGGACUAUCUUGUUCAGCCUAGUAGAGCUGAUCCGAGACGCUUAUUACAGUCCAACAUAAAAGACGAGGACUCCUCACUAGCUAUCCGCUUUGAAGCUGUCACUGUUCAGUCCCGUUCAUCGUCCCGUGCGGUUCUCGAAAACGUCAGUUUCACCGUCAAUAAAGGCUCAAUAACCAUAUGCGCUGGAGCAGUUGGCAGCGGAAAGACAGUCCUCGCCCAGUGCAUUCUAGGCGAAAUCCCAGCUUCAUGCGGGACAAUCUCCGUAUCCUCAAAGCGGAUCGCUUACUGCGAACAAUCGCCCUGGUUGCCGAGUGGAACUCUGAAAGAAGCGGUUUGUGGCUUCGGAAAGUUUGAGCCUGGCUGGUAUAGGCAUGUUGUCAAGCUUUGCUGCCUCGACGAGGAUAUUUUAACCAUGCCGCUCGGGGACAACACUCUCAUUGGCAGUCAGGGUAUGAAGCUUUCUGGGGGACAAAGACAGCGCCUGGCACUCGCCCGCGCUAUAUAUGCUCGGUGCGAAAUUGUGCUUCUUGACGACAGCUUCUCUGCUCUAGACCACAAGACAGAAAGACAGGUCGUUUCUAAUCUUGUAGGAACCCAAGGCCACUUCCGUAAGACAGGAACUACAGUCAUAUUAAUUGCCAACUCCUCUAAACACUUUGACCUGGCGGACUCGUUGAUCGUCCUAGAGAAGGGAAGAAUUACAUGCCAAGGAUCACCAAACGAAAUAAAUGUAGAAGCGGCACAUUUACGUCAGACGCAUGUCAACGCUGCAGUCGCUGAAGCCAACCUUGAUCUUGUCGAAAAGAACAAGAUAAUACAGAGCCAAGCUCUCGAAGUGACUGAGGCUAUGGCUGAUUUGGGUAGAUCAACAGGAGAUUUCUCUCUAUAUGGAUAUUACCUGAGAGCUGUGCACCCGCGGAACUUCUUCCUCCUACUCACUUGCACAGCUUCGUAUUCAUUCUUCGUGACCUUUCCACAGUAUUGGCUGCAGAAGUGGACGGAAUCACCAGGCUCACAGACGAGAUUCUAUAUCGGAGGAUACCUCAUCCUUUCACUCCUAGCCUGGGCAGCCACAAAUGGGUCAAUGUGGUCUACACAUAUGUUGAUUGCGCCAAGGUCGGGGGCUGAGCUUCAUCGACGGUUACUCACAACUAUCUUUGGUGCUCCCUUGUCGUUCAUCUCAAUGACAGAGACGGGUUCAUUACUGAAUCGGUUCAGUGAAGACAUGCAACUUGUUGACAAGAGCCUCCCUCCAGCGAUCCUCUCUUUUUCAAACCAGGUCUUCAAGUUACUAGUGCAGGCCACGCUGCUUUUCAGCGCCCAAAAGCUGCUAACUGUCACGUUGCCAAUCUGCGUGCUGGUAGUCUACGUUGUGCAGCGGGUGUAUCUGCGAACGUCUCGACAGCUUCGUCUUCUUCAGCUGGAAUCCCAGUCUGCUGUCUACUCAAGCUUCCUUGAGUCCAUCGAGGGUGUCGUCAGCAUACGAUCAUUCGGGUGGGUGAAGCAGGCAGAGAACUCUAAUAUGGCCUGUCUCGAUAAGUGCCAGAAACCAGCUUACAUCCUUCUUUGCCUGCAACUCUGGCUUAACAUUGUCCUCGACUUACUUAUCGCUGCCAUGGCAGUGAUUCUUAUCACUUUGGCAGUCUUUCUGGAGGGCAGCACAACGGCUGGCCAGAUCGGCAUGUCGCUGAACAUCGUACUUGUUGCUAACUCGACGCUUUUAGCACUUGUCACAUCUUGGACGAAUUUGGAGAUAUCUCUCGGUGCUAUAUCACGUUUGAAGACAUUGGAAGCAGAUGUCGAAGGGGAAGAACAGCCGACAUUGGGAACGAUAGUCCCUGACACCUGGCCUUCACAUGGAGCGGUUGAGGUCCGUGAGCUGACGGUCUUUUAUGAUGAGUCACACGCGCCUGCUUUGAAGGACAUUAACCUAUCCGUUGCUCCGGGUCAGCAUCUCGUGGUCUGCGGCAGAACUGGCAGUGGGAAAAGUACUCUCCUCCUCGCCUUGCUCCGUCUUCUCAACACCCAAUCAGGUUCUAUCGAAGUGGAUGGUAUCAACUUGAGCCAGGUUUCACUGUCCGCUAUACGAGAGCAAUGCUUUAUCACCGUUACGCAAGAUUUAUUUCUGCUUGCCCAGGCUAGCCUACGGUUCAACUUGGACCCCUCAGAAUCUCUUCCCGACAUUGUCAUCAUGAAGGCACUUGAACGAACUGGGCUGGGGGGGCAUUUCGACACUAAUCAGCAAGAAAAGCUGGUAGACAUCCUAGACGAGCCUCUCAGUUCGUUGCCUCACAUGUCAACCGGCCAAACUCAGCUAUUUGCCUUGACCAGAGCUGUCCUCCGCGUAGAGUACUCUUCAGCGACACGAGUCAAACCAAUUCUGCUUCUGGAUGAGGCGACAUCAUCAGUUGACGGGGUAACAGAAUCUGUCAUGCGGGACGUCAUCAAGGAGAUCUUUACGGAUAAUGGCCAUACUGUGAUCGAGAUUACCCAUCGGUUGUCCGGUUUCGAGGAUAUCGCUAGGGGAGGGGACAGUCGAGAGGUGAAAGUAGUUCUUCUUUCGCAGGGGGGGAUUCAGAGACAGGGAAGAAUGGAGGAUAUGCUGGAUUUUGGGAAGAGACCUUAGAUAGGCAUACAGGAACGGAACAUCGAUUCGUUAUCUGGUCAAUCAAACACCCAUGCCCUGC